GCAGAGAGUGAGAAUGAAGUCCAAUUGAACAGAAAAAUGUCCAGUCUUGUUCGUCAAAUGAUUAGACCCAUCAGGGUCGGUUUACAUCAUAAAUCUUCAAUAAUUUUCCAGCAAAUCCAACCCUUUCCUGUCCAAGGUUUAAUAUCUAUCCUACCCCUUCACACUUCAGCAGUAGUGGAGAGAGCUAGGCAGUCCACCAGAUUAAGGAAAAGGAAGGUUUAUAUGGAUAAUAAGAAAAAGAAAGAGGAAAGAUUGAGAAAGAACCCCCCACCAAUACCUCAUAAAGUUCAGCUUAUGUUGAAAGCUAAAGGAUUUGGUUCUAAGCCAAUUGAUUGGAGAGCGAGGGAUGAGAAACCUUUCCCCUUUGAUGAUACUUGGGAUGAACAAUGGUUUACUUGGAGACGUCUUUCUGUUCCAGAGGCUCUAAGCUGUUUACGCGAACACUACCAUCCAACCCAGUUAGAUAAUCCUAAUGGUAUCGUGCUCGCUCGCAUAGAAAUUGAUAUGUCCGCCUCAAGGAAAGAAAAAUAUAUCGAGGCGUUUACCAAGAUGGUUCCUCUUUACAACGCCUUCGAGCGAGGAGUUUCGGAAAAAAUGAUUUUAGCGUUUGCCAAGAACGAAGAAUCACUGGAUGCUGCUCGAAAUGCUGGAGCAACGAAGGUUGGAGGAUUAGAUCUAAUCGAAGAUAUUUCUAAGGGAAAAGUUGAAGUGAUCGAUUAUGACUAUUUCUUAGCUCACGACGAUAUCUCGCUUGAAUUGAGACCUCUUUUGGGAGUUCUGAGGGAAAAGUUUCCAAAGAAAACGCUUGGAACCAUCGGGACAGAUUUGGAGAAAAUGGUGAAAACCUUCAAGAAUGGACAGUUGGUCGAGGUUAAGAAACCAAAGUCUACUCUGGGAUAUAAUGACGAUCCUGCCUUUGGAUAUUGCGAGGCACAGGUUGGACGUCUGGGAAUGCCGGACGAUCAAAUUUUCGAAAACUUUACGAAUAUUCUCGAGUCUUUGAGAGAAUCUGCUCCCAAACGUUCCGGAGGAUUUAUUACUCGAGUUCAGUUCUACAUGGACGGAUAUCUUAAAAGCAAAUUUUCUGUUCACCACGAUCUUAUCGAUGACGCCAAGUAUAAAGCGCAGAUUAAAAAUCUUAACGCCGUUAAUCAAUAAUUAUUGAAUUUCAGAAA